UUAGGUUAUAAACAAAAGUGGUGAUUAUCAGUUUGGUGCCGCUUCUAAUUAAUUUCUUUUGUCUGCCUGUAUUCGGCGACAUCAAUUAUGUUAAUUAGUUCUCUUAGUGUGUUUAUGUCCGCCUCUUUUUGUCACACAUUCAAUUUUUUUGGUUGAUAUUUUGUAUUUAAACUGCCACCCCACUCAUCUCGAGGCUAACUUCGAGAUCUUUUGAGAGACCCUCUUUCUGCCUUCUUGAAGUCGGAAUUAAUUGUCCUAGUUCAGAAGUUUUCUAACAUUUUAAGUCAGACUCUAAUAACUCAAAGCUUUCCUCACCAAAAAUGGCAGCUAUAAUGAGCUCAGUGCUUGAAGUCAUUGCAGCCAGACAUAAACCAACAGCUGCCGUAGUAUUCCUUCAUGGUUCAGGUGAUACUGGAAGAGGUGCCAAAAGUUGGGUUGAAUUCCUAUUGCAAGAUAAAGCUGCCCUACCACAUGCAAAUAUUUACUUUCCCACUGCUCCAAUAAGAUCUUAUUCAGCGGUUGGAGGUGAAAUGCGAAAUGUGUGGUUUGAUAGAAAAUCCAUCACCCCAGAAGCAAAGGAAGACAAAGAAACUCUUGACUCCAUCACCGAUCAAGUUGUAGAGCUGAUAAAGAAAGAAGUGGCUAAAGACAUUGCCCUGGAAAAUGUCAUCAUAGGUGGAUUCUCCAUGGGAGGAGCUCUGGCAAUGCAUCUAACGUACAAACGAUUGCAAGAGGUUGCUGGUUGUUUCUCGCUGUCUGCAUUCUUGAACAAUGAUUCGUCUGUUUUUACAGCACUCAGCGAGAAGGAAGGUUCCCGCUUUCCUCCUCUACUGCACUACCAUGGUGACCGAGAUGAGCUGGUCCCUCUGAAGUGGGGCGAAGCCACCGUGGAGAAACUGAAGUCGCACAAUGUCGAUGUCGAGUUCAAAGUGCUGAAGAACACUUUGCAUGAAAUGAAGACGAGGGAAUUGGAAGAGGUAUGGAGUUGGAUAAACAAAUUAAUUCCAUCAUAGUUCAAAUUAGGAAUUGCCAAUAGCCAUGCUCAAGUGUUUAUUCCAUGCUGCCUUUCUUAGAUUUAGGAAUGGAGGGUUUCAACCCUUGUGAUGUUUUUUGAGACAACUGUUAUGUUUCUCAUGUAUCACAAUUGAGGCGCUCCAAUAAUUUUUAAGGAACAAACGUACGGUCCUUGUCAUGACAAGUGCUCCACUAUAAAAUUUUAAGGUAGUUUCUCCUUCAUUUAAUGCUGUCACUGCCAGGGUCUCUUGGUUCUUCUUUCCUACUUGGUUAUCAAAACACUUUGCAUUCAGUUGCAACAAAUAGCAAUAGAAUUUGCAUCCAUAAUUGGGUUGAUGAUAGCACUACCUGGUAUGGCUUCUCAGAACAAAUACUCUAUGAUUAGAUCAUCGAUAGAUGUACAGGUAGUGUAUAUGCCAUUGCUUUAAAAAGCAUUAAAAAUGUAUAUCCGAAUGCCAUGGUCAUAUUUUGCAUCUGCACCAGUGAUCAAUUUAAGUCCAAAAAAAUGUACCCUAUUAAACCAUCUCCAGCAACAUAGUACAAUUUUCAAUGGGAUUGAGAAAUAAGGCUCCCUCAAAAGCUUGUGAUAUGAUGAGAUGUUGGUAACUGUGUUUAGUUUUUCCAUAUCUAGAAUGCCCAGCAAAUCAAAGUUCAUUUCUUGGGCAACUUCCAAUUGAAUGAAAUAAAAGAAGAAAUUGCAAGGGAAUCUUUUAAGAUAAAGAUAAAUUAGGGCAUUUUGACAUUAUUUGUUGCUAGCAAUGCCUUAAAUUUGAUGAGCUCAGAUGGUCGUCUGAGAUGAUUAAUGAACAUCAAAAGUUUUUUUAGGUCAAUUUUAAACCCCUAUUUUUUAAUGUUACUGUGUUGAUCUAAGUAUCCAAAAAUUCCAAUACAAAAAAAAUGUCAGAAUUUUGUAUUUCGGAAGGCAACAUUACGUACUUUAAUGUAAUGGGAGGUGAUUGCUUGAAAAUUUCCUACCAUGCUUUUUGAGAAUAUCAUGGUAAUAUCAGGCAAUAAAUAUAGUAUGUCUAUCUAUAAGAAAAUAUUAUCGCCUUUCUCAUACUUUUCGAUGCCAGUGAGGAACGGAAAAUAAAAAAUAAAAAUGCCCGAAUAUUACAACAUCUAAGAUGUAUAUUUGAUCUUAUUAAGUCAACCAAAACGUUUCUAUAUCAAGUGUUUUAUUUGUUAGGUUUUCAAGGAAAAUAAUUGUUAUUUUUUUAAUAAAGUCAUUUUAAUUCUA